AUGAGUCGGCGUAAACGAGUCAAGGUCGACAAUCGUGAAUUAGACGAAAAACUCAAGCAGGAUGACUCUGAAUCUGAUCAGUCAGAAAAAAGCAAAGUCACUUCUUCAAGUCCUACGUCACUCGGAGGACGCCGAGAGUCAUCUUCUAGCCGUACAACUGACGUUAAAGAUGCUAAGAAAGAAGAGAAACCUAUUAUUGAAGAGACUAAGAGUGACGAUAUUGAAGAGAUUAAUUACAAAGAAAUGCUGAAUAGUUUGGAAGGUGCUGCUUUUCAAUCACGUUUGCCUUUUGAUAAGAUGUCAUCUUUGGAAGCGGAAUGUUUUUCUGACUUACAAGGCCCUUCGAGUCAUGCAUUCAUACAGAUAAGAAAUCGUGUACUGAAACUUUGGUUCGAAGAUCCAAAGAAACAGCUGACACAAGAAUAUGCAGUUCAAAAAAUGGAACCUCCUUAUAAUGGAGAUCCAGCACUAGUUAUGAGAACACAUGCAUUCCUUGAAAGACAUGGUUUUAUAAAUUAUGGUAUUUAUGAACGUAUAACACCUAUCCCAGGUCCACAAAAGGGGAAACAAAGACCCAAAGUAAUCAUUAUUGGAGCUGGAGUAUCUGGAUUAGCAGCUGCCCGCCAGUUGGUGUCAUUUGGCUGUGAAGUUGUUAUUCUGGAAGGGAGAGAUAGAGUGGGUGGCAGGAUUGUAACUUACAGAAAAGGUCCUUAUGUUGCAGAUUUAGGAGCCAUGGUUGUUACUGGUUUGGGGGGUAAUCCAGUAACAACCCUUUCAGUUCAAAUGAACAUGGAAUUGCACAAAAUAAAACAGAAAUGUCCACUUUACGAAGCAACUGGAAAUCAAGUUCCUAAGCAUAAGGAUGAAAUGGUUGAACGUGAAUUUAAUCGUCUUCUCGACGCUACAUCUUAUCUGUCACACCAAGUAGACUUUAACUAUUACAAUGACACCCCUGUAUCUCUCGGACAAGCAUUGGAAUGGGUCAUCAAACUGCAACAGAAAAGCGUUAAACAUAAACAGGUAUGCACUCAAAUUUCAACAUUAAUCAUCUGACUCUAUUUUAUUAUAUAUGAUGAUAUUCUUAAUAAAAAAUGUUUUAAAAAACCCACUUUAUACCUGUUAAUCUGAGAUAGGACUACCAGGGACAAAGUCAAUUUUUUAAAGCAUUUUACUUUAAGAAGAUUUUCUAGUAUAGCAUAGUAAAUGCAAAAUUGGUAAAAUAUAAUAAUAUGUGUUGAUAUUUCGUUAAGGGACUAAUAUCAAUAUUUGAUGUACAGAAUGUCUGACAUCCAAGAACUGCUGAAUUCAAUGAAAGUAGAAAAGGAUGCAUUGCUCGUGGAGAAAGAGAAAGGUGCGACGGGAGACGCCAGCGUCUUGCAAGAGUUCAAUUUGCGUCGCCUUAACAGGGAAAUGAAUCUGCUCUGCAAUGAAUAUGACACUCUUACCACACAGAACACUAGUAUUGAGGAGAAAUUGACCCAACUAGAGUCCAAUCCGCCUAGUUCUGUGUACCUGUCGGUACGAGACAGGCAGAUCUUGGACUGGCACUUUGCUAAUCUGGAGUUCGCGAAUGCCACACCGCUUGGGAAUCUGUCGCUGAAGCAUUGGGAUCAGGACGACGAUUUUGAAUUCACCGGGAACCAUCUAACAGGUAGGAAUGCAUGUGCGAUUUCAGAUUUUAAAUAUAUUCUUGAUGAAAAACUCUUAAAAAAUCCACCAGCCGGAGGUACUCUGAGAUAGUACUUGAACCCACGAUCUUGUGAACUACGGGCGACUGCUACCACUGAGCUGCCUAGGACCUAACGCGACUGACAUACUUUUCAAGCACUUGUUAUUUUUCCCUACUAGUGAGAUUAUUCUUAUCAAUGUUCAGGGAAAUUUACAAAUAUUUUAAACUUACGAUUAAGAUGAAUAUUUUUGUUUUAAGCAAGAAUAUUUUCCAGCAUAGCAUUGUUAAUGCAAAAAUUUAUCAAAUGUAAUAAUUAAAAACAUAGUUUUUUUAAAUUAUAUUCUUGAUAAUUGAUAGUAGUAUAUAUUAUAAGGUAUCCGAUUAUAUAAUAGAUAAGAAUGCUUGGACGUAAGAUGGUCCAGCAACUGGAUAGGUGAUUUCUUCUAAUCUUAUUUAUCUCAAAAAUUAUUUUGUUUCUACUAUUACUAAAUUAUUAUGUUAUCAUUAUAAGAACAUAGCUUCUUUUUCUCUCUUUUUAUAAUGUAUUAAUCUGGUAAUAACAUGGUUUUUGUGAAUGUCAUUACUCCAGAGCAGGUGAGUUUCUUGCUACACUAAAUGACAUGAAUUCAGACACAUGAGUGAAUUCGAAUUCAGGAAAACAGACCUAGCAAAGGUUAACCUAGUACGAGGUUCUACGGGAGUAAUAUUUACUCCUAGAACGUAGUAGGUUUGCUUAUUCUCUGUAUUAUUGCAAUUUUAGCGUAAAUUAACCCUGACGCUAAACCUUGCUUAUUAAUAGCGCUGUAAGAGUUCUGCUCCGUUUGUACGGAUCUCAGAAUAUAAAAAGUAGAAGAAUUUUGAAGCAUUUCACUACCGGAUUCGCAUUAUUAGAUGAUCAUUCCGGUCGAAUACUGGUAUCAGAAGCCAUAAAAACUUUGUGAGCAUGUACGAAAAGAGUUUUGUAUGUUGGCAAGGAAAUGAAAAACGUCUGCUUGCCCCGAUACCCCGAAAGAGAUUGACGUGAAUAUAUAUAUAGGUAGAUACGUAUAGAGUUUGUUCAAAGUACAAAAUAA